UCCAAUAUGGUUGACCACCACAAGUCCAGGAGCAAGUUACAUUUCUGCUGCUUUUCUCUUGCCAGGAAUCAUUUUUCUUCAAAGCGAUGUUGACAAUUGAAAUCUAGGAUAUUUAUCUUAAUAAUCUGCAAUGCAUUUAAAUGGACAUUGAUGAAUAACUUUUAAAUAUCGCUUCUAAAGUUAGGUUUAUUUAUCAAGCUGUAAAACAUGGCGUCGCCUUCUCUUAAAAUGAGUGAAGAAAAUUUGGAAAAGAAGAUGUUAAAUGUAUCUAAUACACAAGACAGUAUUCAAAGCCUUUCACUUUGGUUGAUACACCACAAAUCCCACCACAAACGUGUAGUGGAUGUGUGGCUAAAUACCUUUAAAAAAGUUCCAUCCAAGCAGAAGCUGGUGCUGUUCAACCUAUGUAAUGAUGUUUGUCAGAAUGGAAAAAGAAAGAGGGCUGGUAUCUACAUUGAGAGCUUUAAGAGGGUGCUGACAGAAGCUAUCCCACAUUCUCGUGACAAGUCAAUCCAGCCAAAUAUAGGCAGAAUAUUGAAAAUAUGGGGAGAAAGAAGCAUCUUUCCAAAGGGUUACUUAGACGAGCUGACAGAAAUGUUAAUGAAAGAUUCCCCAGCCCUGACUCCAUUGGGAAAUAAUGCUGUCAGCCCUGCCACCCCAGCUGGAUCCACCCCGGCUACUCCCACACAAGCAUACAAACCAACAGCAAAAAUAAAGGAUGAGGAAAAGAUACUGGCAGAAUUCAAGCCCCAGAUACUAAUUGAUAAGAUCAACAGCUACAAAAGAUUGGAGGGAGAAGUGGAACUCAAAUUCAAACAGAUCUCAAGUCUAAAGCUGGAUGCCUCCAGUGUAGAGGCAGUCACACAACUCAAAGACCGAGCCCAUGGGAAGCAGUUCAGUCAGCAGUUUGAGGACUCGUGUUCUAAGCUGGAGAAUUACGUGUCCAGCGCCGAGCAGCAGAUACAGGAACAGAAGGUGAUGAUCGAGCUUCUAGAACAGAGUCAGGUGUUUUACGAUGAGCAGUACCGCGAGGCCAGGAUUGUAGCUAAUGCCUACAAGAACUUUGGGACGCGGAUCAACAAUCUGCGUAAGAAGUUGGAGGAUCUGAUGAAGUCCCUCCCCAGUCCCGUCCCCUCCCCCUCAUAUGACGCCCCGUCUCCAGGCAACACCCCUCCCUUGGAGGAAAUUGACAACACAGAGGCGGUCGAUAUGGACCUAGACGACGAUGAUAAUCCAGGGGCCAGCACUAUUCUGGCUGCACAGCAGUCUACUAGCAUCAGUAACAGUGUGGGUCCAGCUGAAAGUGAAGUGUAUGAUCCGGAGGAACAAAUGCCCUCAAAACCUAAAUAUGUUGCUGGACCAAAUGCACUAGAGUCGAGAAUAGCCACAAUGAUACCAUCACUCCCCACGGGCAGUGUCCAGCACACCCCGGCGGUCCAAACGGGCAGCAUUCACCAUAGUGUGGACCCGCGAUCUCAACUGCCACCACUAGCAGACAACCCUCCUGUCUACAUCCCCCCAAAACCUGCAGUCAUCAAGGUGCUACAACAAGAGGGAGGUACCCCCACAAAAGACGAAGGCAGUUCAACCCCGGUCAUGGACGAAAAGGAGGACUCUCCCCCUAGAUCACAUCAGAAUCCUAUUGAUUUUCUCACUCAGAUUCUGUCAAAAACUCCUAAAGCCUCCACUCCCAGUUCUAAUUUUCUUCAAAAUCUUUCUCUGCUCACAAACACAGUGAAAUCCCAGUUUCAGCACAACAAAGAUGUAAAACAACCCCAGGCACCUCUCCAACCCCCUGCGUCGGAGGCACCCAACUCUUGGGCAGAAUGGAAGGCUCAGAUGAAACCAGACGAGGUGCCACAGCCAGUGGCUCCAGCUUUGGGAGUGCUACAGGCCAAUCCACCACCUCGUCUGCCACCACCAAUGUUUUCACAAAUGAAUUCUAUGUCAUCAGCACCACAACCAAUCUCUGCACCUGCCCCCACUAUUGUUUCCCCUCCAAUUAUUUCUCCUCCUAUGGGUGUGGUCAGACCACCCCCUCUUCAGGCCCCUCAGCCUAAUUUCAUUCCUCAGCAAGCAUCCAGCCCAGAGGCUUGGAAUCCUAGACCCCCAAUUCCUCCACAGCCAUUUCCCACUCAGCCUAAUUUUUCUGGGGGAGGAUUUCAGGUGGGUCAGGGGGACAGGGUUUCUCCAACAUGGAAUCCACCAAGUGCUCCAAAUUCUGGCAGAACAUCACCAGGAUGGAACCCUCCCUCUGGACCCCAGAAUCAUUCCAGCCAAGUUUGGAAUCAGCCAGGAGCUGGGCCUCCACCUGGAAACAAUUGGAAUCCCCCAGUCAACAAGACAGAGCAGAAAUGGGGGAACCAGGGUGAGGGGGCGUGGAAUCCGCCAUGGGACCAGAAGAAAGAGGCUACCCCCACAGAAGAUGAAUCGUCUGCAAACGUGUCUUCACUCCCUCCACCACCCAAGGGAAUUUUACGAAACAGGAAGUCUAGUCUUAAAGAGGUGCCAAUAACGCCUAGUGAAUCCCUAGAGGAUAAUUCUCUCCCGGUUCCCCCUGGGGAACCCCCUUCACCCACAGAAGGCAAGCCCAAACCAGCAGCUAAGGAUAAAACUGCCAACAGUGCACCUGAUGAUCACAGAGAAUUUUUGGAGAAACUUAAAAAGAAGACCACAGGGGGUGCAGGCAGUAAUCUCGUAUCUCCUCCGGUUAUUGAGGAGAAUGUUGAUAAAGCCCCAGCCAAGUCUAACGUCUCUAAUGUCCCAGUGACGGAUUAUUCAGAAAAUAAUAACUCUUUCCCUGGAUCCAACACAGGGGAGCAAAUGGAGGAAGAACAAGGCAUAUCUAAAAUAGAGACUGUGAGAGUGGAGCGUCGCUACCAGGCCAAACACGACGACAUUCGCUUGCCGGAGAAACCCUCAGUGCACAAAGACUAUAGAUACGAAGACAAUUACGAGAGACAUGAUAAUUAUGAGAGACAUGAUAACUACGAGAGACAUGAUAACUAUGAGAGACACGAUAAUGGUGGGUAUAGAGAUGACUAUGGGCCUCCAUUAAGGGGUGGUAGGGGUGGACCACAAUACAGACACCCUGGUCCGUACAGAGGGGGGCGAGACUCCGGGUGGAGAGAGCCCCCUUACAGGGAGAGGCCCGGACCCCCACCCCCCAGACACUACUACGAUCAAUAUAAUGACCAUAGAAGACCAUACUAUUACUGAAGUUAGAGUGUUUUCAAUUCUGUUUAUGUAUAUUGGUCAACUGGAAAUAUUAAGGGAGAUAAAUCUGAAUUUGUUGUAAUUUGAAAAAAAAAUGUCUAUGCAUGAAUAUAUGACAUAUAAUGAGCAGCUCUGUAAAAUUUUUAAAAGUCAGAAUACAAGAAUUGUAUGCUGCUUUUAUAUUUGAUUUAUGUGUUUUUUUCAUUGGUUCAUAAAUUCAUCUUGUCAUAAUUUUCUUCAUUUUACUUAGAAAUUUUCAACUAUGUUGAAAGCUGUUAAUUAAAA